UCUACCAAGCAAAUCAAAGGUUCCAUGCAAACACAAAUGCCACUCUGGGGUGGUGUAUGGAUUCAUCAUGGCGGAGAUAUAAUACGAUGUGCAUCUGCUGUCCGAAGGCGUCAGCACCCAGAUGAGCGCAAUGCGUCUUACGUUCGAUAUGAAGUUGCCAUUGGCAAUGAAAACCGCCGCGCUGUCUACUAUGGUCGGCUAGAGAAAAUUCUCAAAUGUAACCUUCCACAAGGCAGCCGCUUUUGGAGGGACUUGCAAGGGUGUCGACUGCUGCUUGCAGUCAUAACACCUUGCGUUACCACUAACCGAGAUGCUACGCAGGUAGUUACAUCUUACUGUGCCGAGCAGCAGUCACAAGUGGUGGUUGACCUUCGAACGGUGCAGAGUGUAGUUGGUCGCAUUUUCACUCGCGAGAAGUGGGGAAUUAUUGAUCGUAGCAGUAAUACUGCUCGCACUGUAUUUGUAGAAGAUGAAGACUAA